AUGACUUCAAGACUUGUUACAAGGCCAACGCGACUUAUUCUACCGUUACAGUCAGCUUUGCCGCCAAUUCCUUGUGCAAAGAACAUCCGAUAUUACUCCUUGGAGAAAGAUUGGAAGGGAAGCUCGGCUGACGAACAUACGGUCAAACGCACGAAGAGGGGUGAUACUGCGGAUAUACCAGCCAAUGCAUCUGUCACCGGUAUGAGCGAGAGAAGGGUGAAUGAAGGUGUUGCCGAUGACACCAAGUCCCAAGGAAUGACAGAAAGAGGCGGAAGCAAGCAUGGGAAGAAGGCCAAGGAGGAACAUCCCAAGGCACCAGAGCCUAUUAUUGGAAUGAAUGAUGAGCGUGCGAAGAAAUCGAAGAGGUGA